CCCGCCAAUCCCCGCGCCUCCCGACCUGCCCCUCGGCCUGGGCCCACCCCGCGCUCCGGCGGCCCCACCCCGGCGGCGCCGCCCGCCCGCCCGCCCGCGCGUCCCUUGGUCCACCUGCAGCAGGCAGGAAGGCAGGCAGUUCCUCCCGCUGUCCGAUCGAGAGGCGCCUGCUGAGCCAGAGGCUCGGGCUCUUGCUCCCGGCGGAGGGAUCCACGGCGGCUGAGGAGGCUCUGAGCCUGGGAAGAAGAGGCAGCUACGGCGGCGGCGGCGGCGGCGGCGGCGGCGGCGGGGGCGGCAGCGCAUAAAGGGGCCGCCGCCGGGUGAUGCGGUGACCGCUGCGGCAGGCCCAGAAGCUGAGUGGGCCCCGGCCCUCUGCCCGUCUUGCCGGACCCGCGCUUCCGAACUCCCCAUCUCCUUCGGCCGACCCGCGACUGCCGAGGCGGCCUCAGGCCCCUUCCCCACCCCUCCCCCGCCCCCGCCCCGGGGGCUGCCGCCACCGCCACCGCCUCCCACCAUGGCUCUGAAGAGGAUCCACAAGGAAUUGAAUGACCUGGCAAGGGACCCUCCUGCACAGUGUUCUGCAGGUCCUGUUGGAGAUGACAUGUUCCAUUGGCAAGCUACAAUAAUGGGGCCAAAUGACAGUCCCUAUCAAGGUGGAGUAUUUUUCUUGACAAUUCAUUUCCCAACAGAUUAUCCCUUCAAACCACCUAAGGUUGCAUUUACAACAAGAAUUUAUCAUCCAAAUAUUAACAGUAAUGGCAGCAUUUGUCUUGAUAUUCUACGGUCACAGUGGUCUCCAGCACUAACUAUUUCAAAAGUACUCUUGUCCAUCUGUUCUCUGUUGUGUGAUCCCAAUCCAGAUGAUCCUUUAGUGCCUGAGAUUGCUCGGAUCUACAAAACAGAUAGAGAAAAGUACAACAGAAUAGCUCGGGAAUGGACUCAGAAGUAUGCGAUGUAAUUAAAGAAAUUAUUGGAUAACCUCUACAAAUAAAGAUAGGGGAACUCAAAGAGAAAGUCCUUUUGAUUUCCAUUUGACUGCUUUCUAUGAGCCCACGCCUCAUCUUCCCCUGUGCACAUGUUUACCUGAUACAGCAGUGCUGCGUGUUGUACAUACUUGGAACAACAAACUAGAAAUACUGUACUUCUGUACCAACAUUGCCUCCUAGCAGAGAAGUGUGUGUGUGACAAGCCAGUUCUCCAGGCGUAACCUAGGUGUGAGACUAAAAAACUUUCCUUGUUGACUUAAAUUUGGAUAACGGCAAGGUGUGAGGAAUGGUGGGUGGAACACAGUGUAUGCUUGGAAGGGGUAAAGCUCCACUGACCUGUAGGAGAUUGUUUUUAAGUGGAAUCCAUUUAAACUCAAAACAGUUAUGAAAAACAAGGUGAAGAACAUGAAGCUGUUUCUGUAUUCAUUUUAUUUGGAAGGACCUACAACUUAGGUGAGAAAGUUAUGACCAACCAGAUUAAACUGUACCCACAUCCUAUAUUUUAAGGUCUAAGUUUAACUGGUCAGCAUUUAAAUGGAUUGGAGCUAUUAGUAUAUAAAGUGUGAUGGGCUUUGUUCCCAACUUCUUUUACAUCUCCCUGCCCCUUCAACCUUCGUCCUUUCAGCCCCUUUCUCCAUAUUCUUUGGUUUGUAUGUGGUUUCUCAGUUAAUACAUAGCUAAUAGCUCUUAUUUUUCUUAUGUUUUUAACUGCUUAGGUCUAUUUGGAUGUAAGGGUGAAAAUUCAUUUGAUGGAAAUACUUGUGUAUAUUUAAAGACCCAAUUGCUCCUCUGGAGCUUGUACGUUCAAGAAUGAUUAAUCUGUGUAAUAAACUGAUUACUACAGUCAUUACAUAUAGUUUUGUGUGAAUAGGCUUUUUGAUUUUAAGAACUUUGUCCAGCUGAGAUUAGUGGUGGAUUUUCUUUCACUCCUGAAAUGUUUUCAUUUAUAUGGUUGCAUUUCAAAAUCAUGAAACAAUUUCAGUUUACCUAGUAAAAAAGGACAUCUUGAGCAGUUUUAUUGAACAAAGAUAGAAGCAUAAGCUUAAAAGCAUUUUUGUGAAACGUAUGUGCAGCAUUCCAGGAACAUGACUGUUAAACUAAAUAAGAAAUUUGCUUUAUUAAUGAAACUAAACUGCAUCACCAAAACCUGUGACAUUCCCUUGGUACAUAGGCCAUAAAACACAAAGGCAUUGCUGUUUGGUAAGUUAAGCCUCUGUGAUUGUAAUUAUAGAAGAGCAACUUUGACCAAACCUGAGCACAAUCUUGUAUUGGAGAGUCUCCAUAAUUACUUUGCACUAACAUUUGCAGGAUGUUCAUCCAAUUUUAAAUUGUACUACAUGUGACUUUUUGAAGUCUUCCCUUGACUCUGGUAAAAUGUAGUUUGAAACUUGUAAACAACUGUGUCUGCCAGAAACAUCAUGUGUGUGAACUAGGCAAAUUACCAUUUUUUUCCCCUUCUUUUCCUAAUUUAAAUGUAAACCAGGCCAGCCGGAAGGCCACGAAUGAUGCACUCUAGCCAUCAGGUUCUUUAAAUGCAUCUUUACACUCUUGCACAAAAUUGAGGAAUAAAUAUCCACUGCUUUUGGUUUUAAACUUG